GGCGAGCAGUGGCAGCGGGCGCUUGCGCUGCUGAGCGAGAUGUGGGAGGCGAAGCUGGAGCCCGACGUCAUCAGCUACAGCGCUGGGAUCAGCGCGUGCGAGAAGGGCGAGCAGUGGCAGCCGGCGCUGGCGCUGCUGAGCGAGAUGUGGGAGGCGAAGCUGGAGCCCAACGUCAUCAGCUACAGCGCUGGGAUCAGCGCGUGCGCGAAGGAUGCGGGAGGCGAAGCUGGAGCCCAACGUCAUCAGCUACAGCGCUGGGAUCAGCGCGUGCGAGAAGGGCGAGCAGUGGCAGCGGGCGCUUGCGCUGCUGAGCGAGAUGUGGGAGGCGAAACUGGAACCCGACGUCAUCAGCUACAGCGCUGGGAUCAGCGCGUGCGAGAAGGGCGAGCAGUGGCAGCGGGCGCUUGCGCUGCUGAGCGAGAUGUGGGAGGCGAAGCUGGAGCCCAACGUCAUCAGCUACAGCGCUGGGAUCAGCCGCGUGCGAGAAGGGCGAGCAGUGGCAACGGGCGCUUGCGCUGCUGA